AUGGAUUCAGGAAAGGAAGAGAAUGUUACGCAAGAGAUGGUCCCUGAGCUGGGCGCUGAAUCCUCCAACUGCUGCUCUACGUCUGCUGUGCUUUAUGACAACACGUUCCUCGGUCUGGAAGACAGCACCAAGCUCAUUGGAGUGCAGGCCAUACUAAUCAUUGCGUAUUGCACAAUUAUUUUGCUUGGACUAAUUGGAAACUCCCUGGUCAUCUACGUCGUAUACAAAUUUAAAACCCUGCGCACAGUUACUAACUUCUUCAUUACAAAUCUGGCGAUGGCAGAUCUGCUGGUGAACGCCUUGUGCCUGCCGUUCACGUUGCUAUACACCCUCCAGGGCGAGUGGAAAUUUGGCCAGGUCAUGUGCUUCAUGCUUCCGUACGCUCAGGGCCUGGCGGUGCACGUUUCCACAGUGACACUGAACGUCAUCGCACUGGACAGGCACAGGUGCAUCGUCUAUCCCAUGCAGACCAAAAUGUCCAAAGACAUGUGCUUCGUCAUCAUCGGCAUCACCUGGGUCAUCAGCGCCAUCUUAGCCAGCCCGCUGGCCAUCUUCAGAGAAUACGCGAGACUCGAUCUGUCUGCCACGCAGUCCAUGCAGGUGUGCAUGGAGAAAUGGCCCGGGAACCACAGAGACGGCACCGUCUACGGCAUCUUCGCGCUCGUCCUGCAGUACGUCCUCCCCCUGUCCAUCAGCUCCUUCGCCUACGUCAGCAUCUGGAGCAAGCUGAGGAGCCGCGGCACGCCCGCCGGCGGGAAGGAUCGCCACCGGCGACGGCGCAACACCACCAAGAUGCUGGUCACCAUGGUGGUGGUGUUCGCCGUGAGCUGGCUGCCAUUUCACGCCUUCCAGCUGGCCAUCGACAUCGACAGCAGCGUGUUGGACAUGAAGGCCUACAAGCUGCUCUACACGGUGUUUCACGUCGUAGCCAUGUGCUGCACUUUCGCCAACCCCAUCCUGUACGGAUGGAUGAACAAGAACUACAGGGACGCGUUCAUGGCCGCGUUCAAGUGCGAGCGGAGACACGACUAUGUCCACCCUCCCGCUCACGGGAGAGAUCGAAACAAGAAGUCCCUGGAGACUGAGGAGUCUCUGGAUUUGAAGGCCAGCAGUGUCUAA